CGUUGAAUCCCUAAGUACAGUGGCCAAAAGGGGACGGAUCGACGAUGGAUGUGAACGAAGACACGAAGCAGAGAGAAGGCAAGCAAGAAAUGGGAGACAAACAGCCUUGGGAUUCCUGACUCAAUCUGUCACACUACACUGAUCACUGCGUCUCAUCCUCCCGUCCUUCCUCACUUACCUUCCCAAUGAACUAUGUAUUCCUUCAAAUGACCGCUGAGACCCUCUUCAGUAUUUUCUUCAGCGCCCAGAAGAUUAAUCUCUAAUACUCGUUUGGUUGGAUUGUCCUUUUCAUAUAAUAUCAUAAUUGGUGGACGUCUACUUCCUGCAAUAGUGUUCUAAGCUUUCGUGAGGCCAUUAGGUGCUACCGCAACUGUGCGGUCCUCGACACCUCAGAUCGGAAGGAUAUAAAUCAUAUUCCAAUGAAUCUAGAUCUUUAUCUCGUCCUCAUUUUGGUGUCUGGACAUCGUUGUUACAAGGCCAAACCUGUCAUUACAAAGAAAGCUUGCAGGGGUCGUGAAAGCGAGAGUUCGAUGACCCAUAAUAAGAUGCCUCACCCCGCUUUCCGAGAAAGACAAGAGAGAGAGCAAACGGUAGUAGUAGGAGCAGUCUGCAAGCGUUCGAAAGAAGGCAGAGUAAGAGGAGUUGAAAAGGGUGCUCCCACGAAUAAUAUCAUUAAAUUCCACAGCUUGUCUCGUCCAGAGGUCGUCUCACAGAUCUGGGGCUGCCACAGUAGUAGUGGCAGUAGUACCAGCAAGAGGUAACCGUUUCAGAUCUCGGCUUCUCUGAUUCUUUCUAUCCCAUCCUUUGCAUCCCUGAGCUCUAUGAGAGGGCUGCAAUUGAUGGAAACGAGAAGAGGGAGGAGAAGACUCGGGUUGCAGCUAAAAGAAGCUGUAGUCUUAUGCUGCGGUUUCGUCUGCCUGUUCUCUCUUUGCGCUCUGCUUUCGAGCGUUCCUUUCUGCCAAAUCGUCGAUGUAGGUGUUGGAAGCUCAGUCACGGAGCCCUACCCUCAGGCGGCGGCGGCGGCGGCGGAGGCGAGGCGGAGGCAGCUUGUGGGCGGCGAGCCAGGGUCGGCCCCUCCACGGUGUACAGGCAAGUGCGGCGAAUGCACCCCGUGCCAACCCGUGCACGUGGCGCUGCCGCCCGGCACUCCAGUGACCACGGAGUAUUACCCGGAGGCGUGGCGGUGCAAGUGCGGCGACAGGCUCUACAUGCCCUAAGCGCUACCAUCUCUUGAGUUCUACGCCAUCCAAGGAAUAGUGCCAUCGAAGACCACUCACCUAUCUCCGCAUUGUUGACAUCGAUCGCUGUCGUGUACUGAUUCCAACUCCUUACGGAAUAGGACGAGGUGAGUAAGUUACAUGUUUCUUUCA